AUGUCUGAGCAAAACACCAAGAAGAAUAAACCAAUCAAAGCCAAAAAGAGUGCUGAUAAGAAACUUGAACAAAAAACCGAUGAAGAAAUUCAAGAUAUGAUCACAACAACACAAUCUGGAGAUGUUAUGGGAGAAGUUGAAGAAUUGGAUUUUCCAGAAGAUGAUUUCUUGAAGGAAAUUGAAGAACAAUUUGAAAUGGUUUCUGCUCAACAAGCUUCGGAAGCUGCUGAAUCGAGGAAAAAGAAUAAAGUAGCUAUCACUGAAGAACCAGUUCCAAAGUCAGAUGCUGAAUUAAUUAUGCAAUCCGAGAAUUCAGUGAAAUAUCAAAAGGCUCCAGUUUCAUUCAGAGUUAAUAUUGUCAGAAAGACGAUAAAGAUGGUUAUUAUUCUUCACAAGAUUCCAGAAAAGUAUAUUAAACUCGAUGUUGAGGAUGACCAUUUCACAGUUGAUACUCUUGGAUAUACUAGGAAAUUAUGGUUACAAAGAAAGUUCCCAGGUUUGAUUAAAGUUAACAAGGAAAAGGUUGCUGCUCAAUUUUUGAAGAAUGGAUUGGUUUUGGUAACUCUGCCAAUUGUAUCAAUUCCAAAGGAAACAUUUGACCAUCAUUUAGGAUUAAUCAAAAAAAAGCAUGAAAGUAGAAAGAUCAAAUUCCCAACACCUGUCAAACAAAGUAUUAUUAAGAGUGCUAUCAAUUUGGAAAAGAAACGUAAACGAAGAGAAAGACAAAAGGAAAAGAAGGAGUUUAUUGCACAAAAUAUGGACUUGAAGCAAAAGAAGAAGAAGAAGAAAAAGACCAAUACAACUGAAACAACAACUGCUGAACAAAAGUAA